GCAAAAGAGGGGGCAAAGCAAGCAAGGAGCUGCAAUAUAGAUUUUAUUGGAGAAGAGUGAGUGAGGCAGGGAGAUAAGUAAAAAUGCUGCCGGCAAUGGACAGCAGCGGCUUGAAAACCCUAACCCCUUUCUCUGCUUUAAAUCCAUUUCGCUCCAGAGGAGGAGGACCUCCUCUCUUUGCUUCUCUAUACUUGGCUCAUCUCAACCGCAAAUCCCGCCUCUCUCUCUCCUCCACUCGCUGCUCACUCUCUGAGAGGGGCAAAGAGUGUUGUUCUUUGGCUCAUGGGGCAGGGGAGGCACUCAAGCAAGUCUCACAAACUAAGAUUCUUCAAGUCGUUCUCGUGUCUCCUCAGAUUCCUGGAAAUACAGGUUGCAUUGCCAGAACAUGUGCAGCAUCAGCAGUUGGGCUUCAUCUGGUUGGGCCCUUGGGCUUUCAGAUUGAUGAUGCAAAAUUAAAGCGUGCUGGAUUGGACUAUUGGCCAUAUGUGGUUGUCAAAGUUCACAGCUCAUGGGCAGAGUUUCAAGACUAUUUCAGGCAACAGGAUGGUGAAAAGCGGUUGCUAGCAUUUACAAAGAGAGCGACAAAAUUUCAUUCAGAUUUUUCUUACAGAAGAGGUGAUUUUCUCGUAUUUGGGUCAGAAACCAGCGGCCUACCACCUGAAGCCCUCCAAGACUGCAAGAGUGGAACAUUUGGCGGUGGAACACUUAGGAUUCCAAUGGUUGAAACGUAUGUAAGAUGUCUCAAUCUCUCUGUAAGUGUUGGCAUUGCUUUAUAUGAAGCUUCGAGACAGUUAAAUUAUGAGCAGCUUCAAUUUCCACUUGAAAAUUGUAUUGAUAGUGAAAAAUCAAUUGUCACAGAGGACAUUUUUGCAUAAUGCAAAUUGUAAUGGAAGUUAAUGUUUUACUAGCAACAAGAACUUGAGAAACA